AUGAGAGAUGUUCCGACUGAUCGUAUUCGUACUAAACAAUCGCGACAAAUUCAAAAAUGGAUUCUUUUAAAUUUGGAGUCACCGGCUCAGACGUGGUGGUGGAAAUGGACAUUAUACCGAAGUGGCUACUUGUUCGACUGGGUUCACAGUUAUAGACCGGAUUCAGACAUCUAUGAUCCAUAUGGAAAAAUUGUAAAACGAAACAGCUCAGUCGUUGAGUGGAAACCAAAAUACGAGUUCACAAUGAAAAACAAGUCAGUUGCAUGGAUGGUUAGCCAUUGCGAAACGGCAGGAAAACGGGAAGACUAUGUUGCCGAAUUAAAAACAUUUAUCGAUGUUGACAUUUACGGAAGAUGUGGUUUGUACAAAUGUGCAAAAUCAAAUAUGAAUUGUUUGAAAAUGAUUGAAAAAAAUUAUAAAUUUUAUUUAUCUUUCGAAAAUUCAAUUUGUAGUCACUAUGUUACAGAAAAGUUAUUUAGAAUUUUGGAUUACGAUCUAAUUCCAGUUGUAUUUGGUGGUGCCAAUUACAGUUCGAUAAUGCCACCUCAUUCGUAUAUCGACGCAUUCAACUAUAGUUCACCGUUUGAAUUGUCGUUAUAUCUGAAAGAAAUUGCAUCCAAUGAAGCGAAAUUCAAUUCAUAUUUUAAAUGGAAAGAAAACUAUUUUGUCGUAUCACUACCAUCUUAUUUUUGUGUAAUUUGUGAUAAACUUGCACAAGAACAGAGAAACCAAACAACAUCAAAAACAAGUCAAAUUACCGAAAGUCACUUGUCACUGUACAACUGGUGGUUUAAUAACGCCAAUAACACGUGCACUUCUUGGAAAAGUCCAGCCACAUGGGUCGAUUAUUUCCUUGAGGUGAUCGAUAGAGGCUUCGAGUUCAUCGGCAAAUGA